AUGACCGAAACUGAUAAUCUGUCAUGCCUGCUGUAUGGCCCUGGCAAGGCUCGAUUUGAGAACCGCAAGAUUCCCACCCUCGAAGAUCCGCAUGAUAUUCUAGUCCGCAUCGCAUAUGUGGGUGUCUGUGGAAGCGAUGCUCACUUCUGGGCUCACGGCGGUGUGAUCCGGAUGGUCUCGGACGAAGAACCGCUGGUCAUGGGCCACGAGGCAUCAGGGGUUGUACACUCCAUCGGGACAGCAGUGACGAAAGUCGUCCCUGGAGAUCACGUCACUAUUGAGCCCGGAUUCUCCUGUCGGAGAUGUAAACAAUGUAAGGCAGGGAAGUAUAAUCUCUGUCCGCAGAUGCAGUUCGCCGCCGACCCGCCGGGAAACCACGGUACCUUAACGCGUCUCUUCCGCACGCCCGAGGAUUUCGUGUAUCGUAUUCCCGAGACAAUAUCGCUAGAGGAGGGCGUUCUCAUCGAGCCAUUGAGUGUAGCAGUUCACGGGGCUCGUCUAGCUGAUCUCGCUCCGGGGCAGACGGUCCUGGUUCAGGGAUCGGGGACAAUCGGUCUGCUGGCAGCAGCGACGGCCAAGGCCUUUGGGGCGAAGGAGGUCUUUAUUUCUGAUAUCAACCCAACAAAGCUGGAAUUUGCACGAGACUUUGUGGGAUGUCAGACAUUCAUGCCAGAUGUCAAGUCACAACCAGAGGAAGAAGCAGAGCGAAUGAAGAAUGAGCUGGAUCUGGGUGAAGGGGUAGAUGUGGUUCUGGAAUGUACGGAGUAG